AUGGCCUCCCUUCUCAGACAGAUUGUCGCAGGCCCGAGAACCCGCCACCCUGAAGCCGACUUAGAUUUAUGCUAUGUGACUGACAACAUCAUCGCGACAUCUGGUCCUUCACAAACAUACCCACAGCGGGCGUACCGCAAUCCCCUGGAUCAGCUAGUCAAGUUUUUGGAUUCCAAGCAUGGAGACGACUGGGCCAUCUGGGAGUUCCGCGCCGAGGGGACCGGAUAUCCCGACGAGGCCGUUUAUGGCCGUGUGAGACAUUAUCCAUGGCCGGAUCACCACCCUCCGCCGUUCAGACUCAUUCCUCUGAUUAUGGCCAGCAUGAAGAAUUGGUUCCGAGGAGGCGAUUUGAAUGACGAGUCUCCCGUCAAAUCCGCCACCAAAGACCAGCAGGGUCUGGCUGCUGAAAGCAGCGACAAGACUACAGCUGCAACUACCACAAUUGGUGCUCCUGCAACCAGUGAUAGUAAUUUAGAGGACAGGAAAACUAAAAGGGUGGUGGUUGUUCACUGCAAGGCCGGCAAGGGACGCAGCGGCACGGCGACUUGCAGCUACCUUAUCUCCGAGGAAGGCUGGGACCCCGAGGAUGCCCUGACACGAUUCACGCAGCGACGGAUGAGGCCCCAGUUUGGCGCGGGUGUGUCCAUCCCCUCUCAGCUUCGAUGGAUUACCUAUGUGGAUCGGUGGACGCGUGGCGGCAAGAAAUAUUACGACAGGCCGAUCGAGAUUGUCGAAGUUCACGUGUGGGGUUUGCGGAACGGUGUCAAAGUGGACAUUGAAGGGUUCGAGGAUGAGGGGAAGAAUAUCCAUGUGUUCCACACUUUCUCCAGGGAUGAGAGGUUGGUAGUGGAAGGAAAUGCACCUGACGGCUAUGGCUGGAGCGACAUGAUGUGGGAGUUGGCUGGGUACUCUAUGGACCCAAAGAGUCAGGACUCAGUAGAGGCACAGUUGCAACAAGCUUCUAAUUCCGGGAAGAAGAAUGGAGCAGCUCAAAAAGAAGAACCAUCUGCCACCUCGGGCGACCAUCACCAUCAUCAUAAUCCCAGGCACGCGGCAAAGCGCACAGCAACGCUCAUCAAAAUCGCCUCCGACACGUCGUUGCGCAAGCUCGGCAAAGACAAGGAGUCCAAGGUCGAUACUGGACCAAAGCGACCCAGUUCAUUGAGAAAAAGCUCCUCCAGUUCCAGCUCCUCAUCUUCGUCUGAAGAGGAUGAGGAAGAACCCGGUGGCAUGGCUGUUAUCCUCAAGCCCAAAACGCCCGUGAUCAUCCCCAACAGCGACGUCAACAUCUCUGUCGAGCGGAGAAACAGAACGCGCAGGAGCCUUGGCAUGACCAUGGUGACGGCCGUCGGGCAUGUCUGGUUCAACACCUUUUUCGAAGGCAGUGGGCCAGAGCAGGAGAACAGACCCAAUGAAAGUGGUGUGUUCUCAAUCAAAUGGGACGAUAUGGAUGGCAUCAAGGGCACCAGCAGAAAGGGCACCAGAGCACUUGACCGCUUAGCAGUGGUUUGGAAAUUCGCCGACACGCCAAGCACCCCAGGGAUAUCCGGGCCUCUGGGCGAGGAGGUCGUUGAACCCGCUGAGGGGGCGCCCGUCCCUCAAACAAAGCCCGCGGACUGGAAGGGUGCCAAUGCAUCAAACCAGAACGUAGAAAGAAAUCUCGGCCUGCGAAUGCAGAGCCCGGCAAGUGCGGACGUGAGCAAAGCUAGCAGCGUUGUGAGCGCCGAUCUGCACGGAGCCCAAACCACUGAUACUGCAGGAGCUAGAGACGGCGCAAAGGAGAAGCGAGUAGAUGAUGGCGAUGAGGAGGAUUCGAAGUCUUUAGUUGGCGUCAAGAGCAGUGGGCCUGGGGGUGGCACAUUAUCCGAGGACGAGAAUACGGCAAAAGCACAAGAGAAGGAAGAGAAUCCUGUUGCUCCUGCGAUAGAUGUAUUGGAGAAUCCUGACCGCGCCGAUGGUACCACCCAGCAAGGUUCUGCUGAAGUCGUCGAGUCCAAGAAGUAA